AUGGCUGAUGCUAAAAUUGAUAUGGCCUUAGAUGACAUUAUCAAAAAAAGUCGUAAUGGUCCAGGAAAUCGACGUGGUCGAGGUCGUGGAGGAAAUCAAAAUCAACGUCGUGGUGGUCGUAUUAGUAAAAACAAUACUAAUAAUAAUCGUGGUCGUGGUGGUAACUUUCGACGUGGUGGUGGUGGUCGUAAUUCAUUCAAUCAACGAAAUAAUAAUCGUUCAAACAAUUUUCGUCAACAACGUGGCAGAGGAAAUAGAAUUCCAGGUUUUAAUCGACGAAGUAUAGGUGGUGAUAAACCUACUGCAACGUACAAUCCAUUGAGUCGUGAUGUCAAUCCAGCAACAUCGAAACAGCAACAACAACAACAACAAAAUCUAACAACUCCACGAAAACAACAAGGUAGUAUAUUUAAUAAAAUGCGAACAAAUCAAAAUGUUGGUGCACUUCGACGACGUAUGGUUGCUGCACAACGUGCAUUAAAUCGUGCAACGAAAACACUGGCAUCAUUACCAAGAAUUAAACAACAACGACAAAGAUUUCUUCAACAACCACAAAAACUUAGAAAUAUUAUCACACGAGCUAGAGUUGGUGGCGGUGCUGUACGAAAAAGAUUAACUAAUACUCGAAAACCAAUUGGUCGUGGUGGAGCACGUCGUAUGUUUGUUUAA